UAUCGGACUAUAUAAUUCUUAAAAUUAAUAGAAUUAGAAAUUAUUAAUAUAUUUUAUUUUUUGUGAAAUACUUGCACUUUUAUAUAUACACUAUCAUACAUAAGUAUUUGGACAUUUCAAAAUUAUUGCAAAUAUAUAAAAUGCACUUCAAAUAAAGCUUUCUAAUCUAAUUUUCAUCUGUGAUCUUAUCUCAAGCAUAAUUAAUAGAUAUUGGUAAUAGUUAGUAUUAAUUAGCAUAAAUUAAAAAGCAAUAAUUGAAGGUGAAAAUUGCUUCUAAGGAAAUAUUUAAUUUAAAUGACUUUAAAUGUAUCUAUUCAAUCUUGAGAACCUAAAUCGAUUGAAAUAUGUCCCUCUAAUCACAUUCUAAAAGUUUAUAUAAAUUUUGUAUUUAUUAAUGAUAGAUACAAUACUUGAUUGAUGCAGGUAUAUGUAUGCCUUUUUUAGUUUCAAUUUAGCAGAAUAUAUAAUAUAGAAUAUACAUAAUAUAGAUAUAAUAUAUAAUAUACAUAAUAUAGAAUAUUGAAUCCCAGUUAUGGCAAGAAAUAAAGAAUUAACAGUAGAGAAACGUUCUUCUAUCAUAAUGUUGAAAGUUUAAUAAAAAUAUCAAUGUUUUGACUGGACUGUAUUAAGUAUCGAAAUACUUAUCGCAGUGUUUAUAUAAGUGAAAGUGUAAUACAUAUAUAUAUAUGUAAUAUAUAUAUAUAAUAUAUAAUAAAUUCAAAUUUUAUGUGUUGCAAAUAGAAGAAUGAAUAGAGAUAUAUUUUAAAUAUAAUCGGUUGAUGCGCAUGCGCCAAAAAGUAGUUUGUGAUUGGCAGAACGGUGGAUAUACGCAUCCAAUAGAGAUAGUAGGUAAGAAAGAGCAUCGUACAAAGGAGUAGGAAAAAGAUGGGAACUACCAUAUUGCGCACGCAAACGAGAGUGAGAGAGAUAGAAACCACCGCCAAUAUGAUUACUCGAUCACUUGUUCUCAGUAGUAAAGCAAAGUUCGGUGAGACUGUUCGUUUAUGAUACAUUUGGAGCGAAACAUAAACUCAAGAAGGAAAUUUUGUUUGUUUUCACAUAUAUCGUAGUUGUGAAUAAAAUUUUGUGCCUCCAAAGGAUGGCAGCUACCAAAAACGACAGCACCGAUAGUGUGCAAUUUUUCGAAGGAGUGGAGAAACUCCUUGAGAUUUGGUUCACAAGCAGCAGCAGCAUAAACAGAAAGCAGGGCGAUCUUAGGCAGAUUCCUCAAUGGAAGUGGCAAUCGUUACUAAAAAUCGUUCGUUGUGAGAUUAUCAGCAUUUGUCGCACCGAGCAUGUGGAUGCUUAUGUUCUCAGUGAAAGCAGCAUGUUCCUAUCAAAGCGUAGACUUAUCCUUAAAACAUGUGGCACAACUACCCCUCUUCAAUGUUUGGAGCCCCUUUUGGAACUUGUAAAAGAGUAUACUGGCUUUGAAGAAGUAGAGAAUGUAUUUUACUCAAGAAAAAAUUACAAGAAGCCAGAGUUACAAAUAUCCCCACAUCAAGCAUUUGAAGAAGAAGUUGCUUUGCUUGAUACAUUCUUCCCUGCUGGGGAAGCUUAUUGUUUAGGCUCUGUAGAUUCAGAUUGUUGGUAUUUAUACACUUUGAAUAAAGAGAAGUCUGUAGAUGAACCCAUAGAACCAGAUCAAACUUUAGAGAUCCUAAUGACUCAUUUAGAUCCAGAAGUAAUGUCUCUUUUCACUAGAGAUGUAUGCUCCUCUGCAGACGAAGCAACUCAAAAAUCAGGAAUUGACAAACUUAUUCCAAACAUGAUUAUAGAUGAUUUUUUGUUUGAACCUUGUGGAUAUUCAAUGAAUGGAGUAUCUAGAAAUGGAAAUUACAUGACUAUUCAUAUUACACCAGAGCCAGAGUUUUCAUAUGUUUCAUUUGAGAGUAACAUUCCAGAAGCAUCAUAUGAGGAAAUAAUACGACGUGUUCUAAACACUUUCAAACCAAAAAAAUUUGUUGUGACCAUCUUUGCUAACAAAGAAUCAAUCGCUGCUACUUGUCCACGUGAUUUAGAGCAAACUGAUUAUCUGAAAGGUUCUGGUGAUUGGCUACGUACAGAUGUGCAAUAUUGCCGCUUCAAGAAUUAUGAUUUGACCUGUGCAUUCUAUUCAAGAUUCCCAAGCUGAGGGUUCAUGGACGCUUCAUUUGGACCUAACCAACUAGGAACUAAUGAAGCGCUUAUUAAUAAUUCUAUCCGUUCUCAAACUUCCUUUUCUUUUUCCAAUUCCAUAAAUGAGGCAAACAAACAUAAUCAGUCUAUAAAACAUAUAUUAAAAUCUGAAAAUAUUUACAAAGAACAUGAUCUUGUAUCUACUCAAUAUAUAAAACAUAAUAAUGAAACAAAUCUUAACGAGUGCACUAUACAAAA